GCCGGACGCGCGUGGGGAGCGGGCAGCGGGGCGGCCACAUGAGUCAGAGCCGGCGGGCCGGGCAGCGCGCAGACAUGGUCCCUGAGAUCGCGGCCGCCGUGGGCUUCCUCUCUAGCUUGCUGCGGACCCGGGGCGGCGUGAGCGAGCAGAGGCUGAAGGUGUUCAACGGGGCUCUGCAGGAAGCACUCGCAGAACACUACAAGCACCACUGGUUCCCCGAGAAGCCGUCCAAGGGCUCUGGCUACCGCUGCAUCCGCAUCAACCACAAGAUGGACCCCAUCAUCAGCAAGGUGGCCAGCCAGAUCGGACUCAGCCAGCCCCAGCUGCACCAGCUGCUCCCCAGCGAGCUCACCCUGUGGGUGGACCCCUACGAGGUCUCCUACCGUAUCGGGGAGGAUGGUUCCAUCUGCGUCCUGUACGAGGCGGCCCCGGUGGCUGCCUCCUACGGGCUCCUCACCUGCAAGAACCAAAUGAUGCUGGGCCGGAGCAGCCCCUCCAAGAACUACGUCAUGGCCGUGUCCAGUUAGACCUCGGCGCCCGCCGCCCGCCAGCAGGCCUCUCUCUGCAUACCUCAACCUGGGGAACUGUAUUUUAAAUGAAGAGCUAUUUAUAUAUAUAUAUUAUUUUUUUUAAGAAAAGGGGAGGAAAAA